GUGCGUCAGCCGACGUAAAUUCAAACUAUAUAGUUAGAGUGGUGCGAUAAACAUUACAUAACGUUGUUCUCAAAAACGUACAAUAUUGUUAUAGUGUGUCUAUAGUUUAAAAAAAAAAAAAUUAAGCAAAUAUCGUAUCACUAUGUUGUUUUCGAUGUUAUCAUAUUAUUAUUAUGUCCGUCUAAUAUAAUAUAGUUCAGCAGCUGGAUAACAGACUAGAUGCAGUACUAACCUAAACUGUAACCCAACGAGUAAAGAGAUACACGCGCGUGUGCAGACUGCGACUGCCGCAUAUGCUGUGAGUUGCGACCAUCGGAGUCAACACGCAUCAAAAAAAUAACGAGAGUGUGCGUUUGUCGUUGAUAUCACGGAAAUCUUUUUAUUCAUCACAAUCUAUCCAGAUGAAUUGGAAAAUCGUUCCCUGCAAAAGUUAUCCAAGUUACGGGGACGUCUAAUUUUCUGAUAACAAACGAGAGCGUGAGGACAAAAUGACGGCCGCAGUCGUAAAAUCCACUGGUCGUUGGGCGGUAGGGCUACAGGCGGCCGCGGUGACAAUUAUUGUAUUGUCGCUAACGUGUACGUCCCCGACCAACGGUGCUAGGAUACUAGCCGUGUUCCCGUACAACGGCCACAGUCACUUCGCCAUGGUCGAACCGCUUAUGGUCGCCUUAUCCGAACGCGGUCACCACGUGACCGUGAUCAGCCCGUUCCCGCGACGCAAAGACAGUGGCGCGGACGACGACGGCGUAGGUCGAUACAUAGACGUGGACGUGUCAGACACGCUUCCGCCGGUCAUAAGCCAGCUAAACGUGACGAAUGAGUUCCAACACCGCGUGGACCCGAUUACCGGGCUCCGGGACCUGUGCCACAUGAACCACCGUGUGUGUGAGGCCACUUUUGAACACCCCCGGGUCCGUGCUCUGAUCCGCGAGCCCCGCGCGUUCGACGUGGUGUUCGCCGAAGCGUUCGCCACCGACUGUUUCGCAGCAUUCGCGCACGCGUACGACGCACCGCUGGUGUCCAUCCGGACGUCCGACUACUCGCCGCAACUCAACCGGCGCGUGGCCAACCCACAGAACCCCGCGUACCUGGUCAACCACCUGCUCGAGUAUACCGGCCACGACAUGUCGUUCGUCCAGCGGCUAAUCAACACGCUGGCCACGCACUUCGGUGCGGUCGGCUAUCACGCCUUCUCCGACGGUCCGUCCACCGAGCUGGUCCGGCGGCACUUCGGGCACGAUACACCGUCCGUUCCGGAAAUCGCGCGACGGCGCACCGCACUUGUGCUAGUCAACAGCCACCACAGCUUGUCCCAGCCCCGUCCAACGGUGUCCAACGUGAUAGAGGUGGGCGGUUUGCAUAUCGCACAGCCCACGAAACUGCAAAACGCGGCAAACGAAUGGAAAAAUUACUGCGAUUUGUGUGACCAAGGCAUUAUUUACGUGUCUUUUGGCUCGUUGUUGAAAGGAUCGUCGUUUCCAGUUCAAUUCACAACGGCGUUCGUACAGGCUUUCGAAGCGCUACCGUAUUGCGUACUAUGGAAAUACGAGGGUGAAUUGAUAUCCAAACGGAUUAAAGUGUCUAAGUGGAUGCCACAACAGCAGAUUCUGAGUCACAGGAAUAUCAAGGCGUUCAUAACUCACGGUGGCCUUAUGGGCGUAAUGGAGGCCGUGUUCUUUGCAGUACCGAUGAUUGGCAUACCUGUGUUUGGUGAUCAACAGUCAAACAUCGCCAACUGUAUUGCAAAAGGCAUAGCCAUCGGACUCGAUUACCGACAAAUCACUGAACAAAAACUGAUCAAAAGCAUAGAAGCCAUCGUCACGGAUAGCAAAUACCGAUCAAAAGCAUCAGAGUUGUCAGCAAGAUUCAGGGACAGACCAACAAGUCCAAUGGAAACAGCCGUGUUUUGGACAGAAUACGUGAUCAGGCACGGCAAUGCGACCAACACCGCAUCUCCGGCAAUAGAUUAUGAUUUUUAUCAAUAUUUUUUGUUAGACGUAGUUGGCGUCGGACUGUCGAUUUUUGUAUUUUUAUUUUAUAUAGCGUUCCGAUUAAAACAAUGUAUACGAUAAAAUACUAUAACACACUCAUGACGCGAUUGAUAAAAUCCGUAAAUACCCGAAACUAAAAUGUACAUAUUGUUAUAAUAAUAAAUGUAUUAACAAGU